UUUUAAAAGAAUUCAGGUAAUUCAAAGACUAAUUAUUUACGUACUCUAAGCCAUUCGUUUUUCCACUCUGCUCGCUCAUAAAUAACGCCCCAAGGUUCCUGUUUUUGCCGACCGCAUUCAUCCCUUCUUCUACUUUUUAUAUAUUUUUCCACCAGACAAGGCGUCCGUUGAGCACAAAGCAACUCAACAUGGACGCCCUGUCUUCCUCCUUUCUCUCCACCUUACCACCAUCAAAACUCUGUUCUCCGCCCAUCAUCACCGCACCUAGAUCAACUUCGUCACCAUCUUAUGCUCCUCAACUCUACAUUUCUUCUGUUAGAAUUGAAGAAAAACUUCCAGCUUCCAGUAUUCCUGGCACAACCACCAGCACCACCACAACAAAAACACCACCCCCAUCUCCUAAAACUCAACCUCCACCGCCGGCAUCAUACACAUCAGUUGGAGUUGGAGCAAAGACAAGAGGAGAACCAAAGUUAUCCACGUUGAUCUUCAAUACAUUUGACGACAUCAUAAACAACUUCAUAGACCCUCCAAUCCGCCCCUCGGUCGAUCCCAGACACGUUCUCUCCCACAACUUUGCUCCGGUUGAUGAGCUUCCUCCAACAAAGUGUGACGUUAUACAAGGAUCCCUCCCACCUUGCCUCGACGGUGCAUACAUACGUAACGGCCCCAACCCUCAGUACCUCCCUCGAGGACCCUACCACCUCUUUGAUGGUGAUGGUAUGCUUCACUCGAUCCGAAUCUCCAAGGGCCAGGCUACCCUCUGUAGCCGAUAUGUAAAGACUUACAAGUACUCCAUUGAAAACGAAAUGGGUUCUCCAGUAUUUCCAAAUGUUUUCUCUGCCUUUAACGGCCUAACUGCGGCUGCAACUCGCGGCGCUCUCACCGCUGCCAGAGUACUAACUGGUGAGUACAAUCCUGCAAACGGUAUUGGUCUUGCAAACACUAGUUUGGCCUUGUUUGGAAACCGUCUCUACGCACUUGGUGAGUCAGAUCUACCUUAUUCCAUACGCUUAACACCCGGGGGGGAUAUAGAAACAUUAGGUCGCAUUGAUUUUGAUGGAAAGCUGUUUAUGAGCAUGACUGCUCACCCUAAGAUGGACGCUGACACUGGCGAGGCCUUCGCUUUCCGUUAUGCACCUAUGCCUCCAUAUCUAACUUAUUUUUACUUUGAUGCGAAUGGAAAUAAACAGCCAGAUGUUCCUAUAUUCACUUUGUCCCGCCCAUCUUUUCUCCAUGACUUUGCAAUUACAAAGAAGUAUGCAAUAUUUGCUGACAUACAGAUAGGAAUGAAUCCCAUGGAAAUGAUCUUUGGAGGAGGAUCUCCUGUGGGUACAGACCCAGCCAAAGUACCUAGAAUCGGAGUCAUCCCUCGAUAUGCAAAAGACGAGUCAGAAAUAAGGUGGUUUGAUGUGCCAGGUUUCAACCUCAUACACGCCACCAAUGCGUGGGAUGAAGAUGAUGGUAACGCGAUAGUCAUGAUUGCACCAAACAUUCUAUCGGUAGAACACACCCUGGAGAGAAUGGACCUUGUUCAUGCCUUAGUGGAGAAGGUAAGAAUCGACUUUAGAACAGGGCUAGUAACAAGGCAUCCCCUUUCAGCAAGAAAUUUAGAUUUCGCAGUGUUAAAUCCUGCUUAUGUGGCAAAGAGGAACAAAUAUUUGUACGCAGCAGUAGGCGACCCAAUGCCAAAAAUAUCAGGAGUGGUAAAGUUGGAUGUGUCCAAUGGACAGCGCCAGGAGUGCACAGUUGCUAGUAGGAUGUAUGGGCCAGGGUGCUUUGGCGGGGAACCAUUCUUUGUGGCCAAGGAUCCAGGGAAUCCUGAGGCAGACGAGGAUGAUGGCUAUGUGAUUUCAUAUGUUCACAAUGAAAACACUGGACAGUCAAGGUUCUUGGUGAUGGACGCAAAGUCACCAAAUCUUGACAUCGUGGCUGCCGUGAAGCUGCCCCGUAGGGUGCCGUACGGUUUUCAUGGACUUUUUGUGAGGGAAACCGACUUAAAUAAGCUGUAGAAGUAGAUAAAUUUAUUCCCUUCAGGCUCAGGCGGAUCACACAUUAAACAUUGUAAUAGACGUAUGACUAAUCUAUACUAUAGCAGAUCACAUGAAGUUACGAGGUGUAUGCAUAAUUAAAGCACUUUAAUCAAGAGAUAUUCGGAUGAAAAAGGCCAAGCCUUGUUGUAUUGCAUUUGUAAGUAUGUACAAAAAAACAGUAUCAUACAUGAUAAGUUUAUAAUUAAUUCGAAUACACGAGGGAUAAGAAGUGAAAUCGAGCCUUUGAGAGUGACAUUGUCAAAGCAUCAAGCUUAUUUUUA